UUCUAAAAACAAGCCAUCAGUCUAUCAGAGGGUCGCGAACGUUUGACAUCCUCUCUGUAAUAAAUUCGUUCACAUUACAGUUACAAGUGUUAUUUAUUUAAUUGAAUUGAUAGAGAAGUGCAAACAAUUCCAGUUUGUUAGGUUUGCAUUAUUUUCCUUUCAGACGCUUACAACGAAAAUGCAAGAGUGAUGGCAAACGAAAACGUGAAAUUGAAGCCUUUGGGCACAAAUAAAUACACGGAUGGAGAAGGAGGUGGAGAUGGAAAUUCUCCAAGUCCGAACGAGGAUUACGACCCUCACCUCUACAGAGAGGUGGACAAUCCCACCACCAAUAUUGAGACUCUUAUUCAUUUGCUCAAAGGGUGUUUAGGGACUGGUAUUCUGGCAAUGCCUGAAGCUUUCAAAAACUCGGGACUUCUCAAUGGACUGGUUUCGACUUUUCUCAUUGGGGCUCUUUGUACAUAUUGUCUACACGUCCUAGUUCAAGCUCAAUAUGUUAUGUGCAAACGGCUGAAAGUUCCAAUGUUGAGUUAUCCACAAUCGAUGAAAGUUGCACUAGAGUCAGGUCCACAGUGCCUUAGACCAUUUGCGAAAUAUUCACCAUUAUUGGUCGAUUUUUUCUUGAUUGCGUACCAGUUAGGCAUCUGUUGCGUUUACAUAGUUUUCGUCGGUGUGAACGUUAAAGUAGUCCUUGAUCAAUAUUUAGGAAAAACGAGCAUAACGAUCUACAUCCUGUGUACUUUUAUCCCGUUUUUGCUAAUCAACUGUAUAAGAAACCUGAAAUUGCUAGCACCGUUUUCAACCCUUGCGAAUAUCAUAACUUUGGCUUCAUUUGGUGUUGUGUGUUAUUAUGUUUUCCAAGAUUUGCCAGAUAUUAGUGACCGGCCAAGUUUUGGGCGACUUUACACUUAUCCACUGUUUUUUGGUACCACUUUAUUCGCCUUGGAAGCAGUUGGAGUGGUCAUAGCUUUGGAAAAUAACAUGAAAACACCGAAAAAUUUCGGAGGCUAUUGUGGAGUGUUAAACAUCGGUAUGGUAGUCGUUACUGUUCUCUACGUCGGUUUGGGAUUCAUCGGUUAUUGGAAAUAUGGUGAUAAUGUUCAAGCUUCCCUCACUUUGAAUUUUCCAAUUGAAGAACCUAUGGCUCAAGCUAUCAGCAUAUUAUACUCGAUUGCCAUAUUUAUUUCGUAUGGGCUUCAAGGGUAUGUCCCCGUUGCAAUCAUAUGGAAUACCUACAUCGUGAAGAGACUUGAAGGCAGUUCCCAUCUUCUUGCAUGGGAAUACCUGCUACGCUUCGUUUGCGUGAUCGUAACAUUUGUGCUUGCGUUGACCAUCCCCAUGCUGGGCCUCUUCAUCUCCCUCUUCGGGGCGUUCUGCUUGUCGGCGUUGGGUUUCGCGUUCCCGGCAAUUAUGGAAAUUUGCGUGCAUUGGCCCGACAAUCUGGGUCCAUUUCGCUGGGUUCUGAUCAAAGAUGUUCUUCUCAUUCUUGUUGGUGUUGUUGGACUGCUCGCUGGGAGCUAUAGUUGUAUAAGUGAGAUGGUAGCUGAAUUUCAGAGAAUGUCGGCUGAAGGAAAUUAGUACAAGUGUAAAAAUAAUGUGUUUAUGUUUCGUUUUUGACAUGGAUGGUGUAGAAAUUACAAUCUAAGAUCUGCCUUUACAUCUGUCCAAGACGUUACGCUGUCGCAAACAUAUCAUAAUUGUUUCGGUAGUCUGAUGAUGUAGAAGUAGUAAUGUGAUACGUUUUUUAAAGUUUUGUUGGUUUUAAUUCUUAACAAAAGACAAAAUUGUUAUUUAUGCAACUCUGUUCUAUUCUUUGAUACGCUCAGUACAAUCAACAAUUAACUAAUUAGCGAGCAAACUUUUAUUUUAACCUAAUUAUGUCUAAUGAUAAUUUAAGAAUCGAUGUAGAUUUUAAGAGACAAGUAAGAUUGAAUAGAGAUAUUUCCAAGUUCUCGAACAAAACGCAACAACUUCUGAUGUAAUUACUUGAUGAUUUAUAUUUAUAAAUAAAAUUCAUUUACAGGUG